CCCCCACCCACACACCCCACGGAAACGCCGCAGCAGCCGACCCAAGCUAGCAGCUAGCUAGUGCCACACACACACCUCGCCCAGCGGCACUGCAGCAGUCUGGUAGGUGCCACUCGCUCGCUCUCGCUAGCUAGCUCAGCGAGAGGUGCCGUUGCUUUCUGCUGCCGGCCGGCCGGCCCGCGCGAGUGAGUGAUCGACUGCAUCGUCGACGUCUCGCCGGCCGGCGUGUCCGGCCUGCAGGCUGAAAGUGUAAAAAGGACCGACGACGUACGACGGCGACGAUGAAGGUGUCGGCGCUGUGCGCGGCGGCGGUGCUGCUGCUGCUGGUGGCGCAGGCGCCGUCGGCGGCGGAGGCAUCGCACCUCAAGCUGGGGUACUACAAGAAGACAUGCCCGGGCGUGGAGAAGAUCGUCAAGUACCACGUCGCCAAGGCCAUCAAGGCCAACCGUGCCGCCGGCGCCGCCCUCGUCCGCCUCAUCUUCCACGACUGCUUCGUCAGGGGGUGCGACGGGUCGGUGCUGCUAGACCCAACGCCGGCGAACCCAAAGACGGAGAAGACGGCGCCGGUCAACAUCGGUCUAGCCGCCUUCGACGUGAUCGACGACAUCAAGGCGGCGCUGGAGUCUCACUGCCCGGGCACCGUCUCCUGCGCGGACAUCGUCAUCUACGCCGCGCGCGACGCGUCGAGCCUCCUGAGCAACGGGCACGUCCACUUCGCCGCUCCCGCCGGCCGCCUCGACGGCGUGAUCUCCCGCGCCGCCGACGCGCAGCGGGACCUCCCGGACUCCACCUUCACGAUCUCCGAGCUGAUCCGCAACUUCCGGCGGAAGAACUUCACCGUCGAGGAGCUGGUGAUCCUGUCGGGCGCGCACGCCAUCGGCGUCGGCCACUGCUCCUCCUUCCGGGCGCGGCUGUCGUCGCCGCCGAGCCAGAUCGUGCCGGCGUACCGGAACCUGCUGUCGGCCAAGUGCGCGGCGGGUCCGGACCCCGUGGUGACCAACAACGUCCGCGACGAGGACCCCCGUGCCGUGGCGGCGUCGUUCCCGUCGUUCUUGAAGAAGCUCCGCAAGGCGAAGGAUUUCUUGGAUAACAGCUACUACCACAACAACCUGGCGAGGAUCGUCACCUUCAACUCCGAUUGGCAGCUGCUGACGGAGAAGGAGGCGCUGGGACAUGUCAAGGAGUACGCCGAGAAUGGCACGCUGUGGGACGAGGACUUCUCUGACGCGCUCGUCAAGCUCAGCAAGCUGCCCAUGCCGCCGCACAGCAAGGGGGAGAUCAGGAAGAGCUGCCGCUGGGUGAACUGAUGAUGACCUGAUGAUGAUGAGCCAUAUCCAAUCCAUUACUUGCAGCUAGUGUGUCUGAUCUCCUGGACUGCAUCUCGAUCUGGAUGCAUGCGUGCACACCGGAAAUUGUGAUUACUUACUGGUAUACAGGAUGGAUCGUCAUCAUGUUGAUCGGUUCAUUUGAUUCUUGGUUCUUUUUGGUUUUAUUGUUGUAUGUUUGUUUGAUUAUUUAUUUCCCUGCUUUUCAUGUGUUUUUCAUCAUUUCUGAAUUUUACAUACAUCAUAUGCGUGUUUUCACCGAGUAGGGUGGGUGUUGGGAUCGAUGUGCAUGGUUGAUCUGUUGUUGUAUCUUGUCCUUGUAUGGAGUUUGGACAAACUAAUAAAACAGAUUAAAUUAAAGGUGGA